AUGUGUCAGCUACAGGAGAUGGGCGCGGCGUGCAAUCGCUUUGUGGAGAGCGCGUUGCUCUGCCUGGAACGGGACAUCGUCGAGCCGCAGGCGCGCUUCCGAUGCCUGCAGCUAGUGGUCGGCACCCUCUCCGAGGCCACCUGUCUCGACAGCCAGAGCUUCGGCCUGGCCACGGAUCGGGCGAUGCGGAUUGGCGGCGAGCUGCCGGCCAAGCGGCUGCAGAGCCGCGCGCUGUGCGCGUGCGCCCUGCUCUUCUGGUGCCCGGCGCGGCGCGAGUCCCACGGCGCGCUGAGGUGCCUGCGGCAGGCGCUCAAGCUGGCGGACGCCGCGGUCCACAUAGACCCCCUUGCCGUCGACCUCUUCGUCGAGGUGCUGGACCAAGCUGCGAGGCUGUUCGGGGGCGGCAGCGCGGAGGUCUCCGCGCCGCUGCUGUCGAGCCUGCUCGCGCUGUGCGUCCAGCACGCGCGGUACGUGGAGGCCCGUGUCCCGGCCGAGUCGCUGCGCGCUCUGCACGCCUCCGUGGAAGAUCUCAGGGCGAAGCAGGUAUCAGAGCGCAAGUUUGCAACCCCAGCUGGCGGCGGAGGAGGCUGGGGCAGCAACGGUGGCGCCAAUCAGCCCCUUCGAGCUGUGCCUCAGGGCGCGCUGGGCAAUGGCCAGCCUGACGAGCCCAAGGAGCUCGAGAGCCUGGUCGCCACGCUCCCCCGUGUGGGAGAUCGCGAAGGUGUUGAACGAUAUCGGAAGACCCUCGAUGAGAAGCGGAAGCUGGCCGCUCUUCCAGAGACCCCUUUGCAGCUGCAAAUUCACAAGGCCUUCCACGCCAUGCGAGAGAGGAAAACCAAGGCGGAUGAUUUGGUCCAGCGUUUCGCUGUCGUGGAGUCGGAGCUGGAGUCGGCCAAGGGACAAGUCCGCCAGCGUCGUGUCGGCAUGGAGGCCGCCAGGCAAAAGCAUGACGAGUUGGUGCAGAGACUCCACAGGAGUGUUGGGCCUCCCGCCAUGCCCACCCUAGAGGUUUCGGACAUCCUCAACGACAAUUUCGUCAUCCCGAUCUCGAUCGACAGCCUCUUGGCUUCGGAGACGUGCCUGUGCCCAACGACGAAGCAGGAGCAGACGGUGAUCAGCAGCGUGAUGAGCGGUUUCCCAGAGACAGCGCAGGCCACUGCAGUCGCGCCGAAUUGCGACGGCACUUGCCACGCCACUGGUGGUCUAAAGUUGUUGGAUUUCUGCAUCGUGCCCGGCGGGCUGGCCAAGACGGCCAAGUCCGUGGACGCGCGCGUGAAAUUGAUCAUCGCGCCACGCGCGCCAGCGCAGUUGGCCCCCCGCUCGGAAUCGGCAUUCAAGAAGGGCAUGGUCUCGGGAACUUUCCCCGGUGAUAUGACGAAGUUUUAUGAGGGGAUCUCGCUGGAACGGCCUGGGCUACACUGCGCCAAGUGGCAAUUUCCGGCGCCGCUGUUCAGGCGCGCUGAAGAGGCGUGGGCUGCCCAGACCCGCGCUUGCGACCAUGGCCUCUCGCUGCCGGCGUUGCGCGAGGCGCGCUGGCACCGGUUCGGCAUCUGCGUCGUCCGCUUCCAGAGCGGGUUUGGGGACGGAUGCGGGCGUGGCCAAGAGGGUUGCAUCGAGUACAGGAAGGUCACGGCGAGAGACCUGGCUUCCAUUGGGAAGACGCCUGGUGGGCAGGGAGAUGCCGCGCGAGAUUCCAGUGGUGGCGAAGCGGACGUCAGCAUGAUAGAGCUCAUCGGCGCGGGCAUGGAUGUACCGCACAUCGACGAGGCCAUGGACACGCCGUUGGCGGCGGAGGCGGACGUGGCGUCGAUGCGUGAGAACUUCGUGCCGAGGUCGCGCAUGGCCCACCCGAUCGGUGUACUAUCAGUCCGCAUCGGGCAGGAAGCGUGGUGGACUGUUGACACCUUCCGCGAGCGCGCGGCGUCCAUGGUACAGUGGUUUAACAGGCGGGAGCGGCUUGCAACGCCAGGGCUCGAUUGCAAGCAGCGAGCAGUGCCCUCCAAGGAUUUGGGGCUGAUUGCACGGGUCAACCGACGCAGCCGGGGCGACGCGCCCUCGCCCCAGUUUGCCUACGAGCAUUACCGGGAACACAUCGACCCAGGAGGCAACCUGCUUGAACAGCUUCUGAACCGCAUGGUGAACGUGUUUGUGGUGAGGAACUCUUUGUCUCACAGUGUCCGCGAAGACCUCGAGGGGCAUGCGUUUGUGUGGAUUCGGGCCUCGCUGCUCGGCGGGUCAUUGGCGAAUGUGGAGGACCUGUGCGUAUAG